ACGCUACAUUCGUUCACCUUGGGGAAGAUCUAGGCCUAUGAAUAUUUUCUCAGAAAGACAUCAGCUCCAAUUCAUCGAGGACACGAAAUGUAAAAUUUCAACGCUCAUUUGGAAUUGAUUUGGAGAAACAUAUUAAUAUGAUGCUCGUAUUAUGGAUCACAAUAGCUGUCCAAAUAAUUCGGUGUUACGGCCAACAAAUCGGUAGCUGCAAUUUCAACUCCAUGUGCUCUUGUUCAUCCGAUCAAAACGACAUUAGUGCAAGAACUAUACAUAGUGUUAGUUGCCUAUCUGUGCCAUUUUUCAAGUUUCCAAAUCUUCCCGAAGGAAAUAUAAAUCAACUGGAGAUAGCAGGCUCAAGUACUACUAGUUUGGAAGCCGAAAGUUUAGCUAGAUGUCAAGUGCAAGCUCUCGUAUUAACGAACAACAAACUUCAACACAUAGCAGAGCGAGCUUUUAGUUCCCUCUGGAAGACACUCAGCUCCUUAGAUUUAAGCUACAAUCAAUUAGAUGAUAUCCCAUUUGCGGCUUUCAAGGAACUUCGAAGCCUACAAUGGAUCAAUCUGCACGGGAAUCAAAUCUCCUCCAUUGGCGGCGAUUGGUAUCACGUCAAGAACACCGCAUCCACCUUAUUCUUGGGCGAGAAUGACCUUACAGAAGUCCCAGGGGAGGUAGCAGAAGAAGGUCCAAAAAACGGUCACAGUCUGCGCCAAUUCAAAUCCUUGAUCUGGGUCAACUUGGAUGGGAACAGAAUCUACAGGAUUCACAAACACUCCCUCCCGUUAACACUUCAAACGGUCAGCAUAUCUCACAACCUGUUAGAUACUUUUCCCACAGAUAUCAUAUCCUCUCUUCCGAACCUCCAGUGGCUUUACCUCAGAGGUAACCAAAUAAGCAGAAUGCCCGAUCACACCUUCCCAAAAAAAUUAUGGUUGGAAAAAAUAGAUCUUGGAGAAAAUCAACUGAGCGAAUUACCGAAGACCUUGUUUAAUCAGUCAAUAACUAUCAGAGAUUUAAAUUUGGCAUUCAACGAUUUCAAAACUCUUCAGGCUAGAAGUUUCGAAGGACUUCAGUGCGGAAGGAUAAUGCUCCCGUAUAAUCAAUUAAUGGAAACCGAUGAAAGAGCUUUUUCUGGACUGGAAGAUUCACUCGAGUACCUUGAUUUCGAUCAUAACAAUUUCCAACAAGUUCCUACCGCUUUGGAUUCCCUGAGAUCUCUCAAAUAUCUUUACCUCUCUUCCAAUUCCCUCACAGAAAUACCAGAUAUGGCAUUCAGGAACUUUUGCCACAGUUUGAAAGCAAUAAGUUUCAGUGGAAAUAGAUUAUCGAAGAUUCCAAAGGAUACAAUGAACAAUUGCACGAAAAUUUCACAUUUCAACGUUGCUUUCAACGAAAUACAUGAAAUAAACGAUGAUGAUUUCACCUACUGGGGUGGGAAUAUCAAAAGUCUGAUCUUGGGAAACAACAGAAUCUCCUUCUUGAAAAGUCAGGUUUUUGCCGAUCUUCAACAGCUAAAAGAACUGAGUUUGAGCUUCAAUCCUUUGAGGCAAAUCGAUACUGAUGCUUUCGUUGGACUGGAAGGUCUGGAGAACCUCGAAAUCUCAUUUGGAUUAGACAGAGACGAACUUCCCUACGAAGUUUUCAGACCAUUGCAGAGUUUGAAGUGGCUAGCCAUCGAUAACAAUAAUUUUCACAGUAUUCCGGAAGAUAGUUUCGAUUUCCUAAGAGAACUAAAAUAUUUGAAUUUGGAAUCCAACAAUAUUCAAGUCAUUCCAACUAAUCUAUUCAAGCCAUCAUUUCACACCAAACUCACCGAUGUGAGACUAUCGCAUAACAAAAUUUCGGUAGUAUACCCAAACACUUUCCAAUCGCUGACGAGUUUGGAAACAAUAGUGAUGUUCAAUAAUGCCAUCAAGACAUUGGAAUCUAAUAGCUUCAACGAUCUUCCGGCCUUGAGGAGAAUCGUUCUAUCCGAUAAUCAAAUAAGUGAAAUUGGAGUAGGUGCUUUUUCUAAUUUGCCUGUCCUUUCUAAGCUGGAUCUACAGAACAACAUGUUACCGGAGUUUUCCAUGAAAGUAUUCUCGAAUUUAUCCAAUCCCAUCCAUUUGAAUCUGAGCAGAAAUCAAAUUGCGUUCUGUAAUUCCGAAAACAGAAUUGUCAACCUGGAAAUAUUGGAUUUCAGGCAUAAUAAGUUCAGGAGGAUACCAAAGUGUUUGGAGAACAUUGCACUUCUGAAGCAGUUGUAUUUCGACCAUAAUCACAUAGACGCGUUGAAUCACAACGUGUUCAUGCAUCUAACGUCGUUGGAACGUUUGAGUUUGAGGGAGAAUCAAAUAAGUAUCGUUAGCAGAAAAGCCUUUGUCGGCCUCCAAAAUCUCCAGAUCCUGGAUUUAUCGAACAAUUUGAUUAACACGUUGCAUUACAGUCAGUUUUCCGAAAUGCCCAAACUAAGGAUAUUAGACUUGAGUUCGAAUCAUUUGAAUCAUCAUCUGCCCAAAGAUAUCUUCGAGAGGACACGUCUGGAAAUGCUGGACUUGAAUUACAAUUCUUUUUCAACUGUUCCGAGCGAAAGUUUGUCGAAUGUUGGUCUAACUUUACGGCGCCUCUCGAUGCGAAACAACAACAUCGAGCACAUCGAUAGCAUGACGUUCCUGGAUAUUUCUUCCCUUCUGUUUCUCGAUCUCAGUAGCAAUAAAUUGACUUCUUUGCCAGACAACGUCUUUUCAAGUUUGGGUCACUUGCAGAGUCUAGACAUUAGCUCGAACCCUCUCCAUGCUAACUUCAAAGAACUGUUUCACUACGCCCAAAGUUUGAAACAUCUAAACUUGGCCAAUACGGGGAUUACUUCCACGCCGCAUCUGCCAUUGCCCAAUUUGAUACACCUUAAUCUGUCUCAUAAUCACAUUGAAGCAACUAAGAAGAACUCGAUGCAGGAACUUUUCAAGCUCAAAUUAUUGGACUUGAGUCAUAAUAAACUGAGCCACGUACCGUCGCAUCUGUGGACCAAUUUGAAUUCGUUGAAGACGCUCGACAUAUCCCACAAUCCAAUCAAGGAGAUUUCGACUGAGAAUUUCUAUGCAUUAGACAAUUUGCAGAACCUGAAAUUGCGAGGUUUGAAUGAUCUCGUCAAAUUCGAUAGUGAAGCCAUCGUCCAAAUGAAAAUCCUCACUUCUCUAACUAUCGAAACAUGGCCUAAAAUUGAAAAUUUCUACGAGGAAUUCUGCAAUCUUUUGAGAAAGUUGAGGCAGUUGAGAAUUUUGAAGAUACACUUUUACGAAUCCACACUCGACGCACAACUGUCUUGCAUUGAGAACAAGAAGAUUCGACAUCUUGAAAUUACGGGCGAUAAGCUGACUAAUGUUGACAAAGGGGCUUUUAGUAAAUUCACGAAUAAUCCAGAUCUGGUUCUGAAAAUUACAGGGACUCAAAUCGAGGAGCUUCCAGCUGGACUAUUCUCGAAUAUGUACAAAAUUUCUUACCUUAUGUUGGAUUUGAGAAACAACAAGUUAACCCAUAUAGAUCCAGAAAUCUUCUAUGGGAACUAUACAACAUGGAAAAAUGUUGGGACGACCCUGAUAUCAGGUGGCAUAAUGAUAUCCAACAAUCCUUUCCGAUGCGGCUGCCACCUCGCGUGGUUCGGAAGAUGGCUGCGCAGAUGGACCCGCGAAAGUCUUCAAGCACACAAUGCUCCAGUUGAGACUGCACUGAGGAUGAGGGAGAUUGUGAAAGAAGCAAUGUGUACAGACCCUAUUAAUGGCGUAAAGAUGCCAAUCGUCCAACUUCCCCCUGAAGACAUGAGCUGCCAGGCAAGCGCCUUAAGCCAUACGCCAAAUUUGAGUAAUACUCCUGUGAUCACACUUUUCCUUUUGUACAUUCUGUUUAAAGUAAGAUUACUAUGAAAAUAGUUUUAUGUAAUAUAAAGUAUUGAAAAAACUUAUUUUCUAAAAGCUUGCUAUGAAGGAGCAUCAGAAUGUUUGGAAAUCAGGAAAACAUAAAACUAACGAAUUUAAAAUAAACAUAUUAACUCGAGUAUUCCCUAAAACAUAGUUGUCCAAGACAAUUUAAU